CUUGCAGCUCUCCAACACCUAGCAACCAACCAGUAGCGAGCAGGAGAAGUGAAGCGGCCGGCCAAGCAACAAUGGCGCAGCUGAUGAACAAGGCGAAGGGGUUCGUGGCGGAGAAGGUGGCGCACGUGCAGAAGCCCGAGGCGGAGCUGGCCGACCUCUCCGUGGGCCACGUCGGCCGAGACGGCGCCACCCUCGCCGGGCAGCUCGACGUGCGCAACCCGUACUCGCACGCCGUCCCGGUCUGCGAGAUCAGCUACUCGCUCAAGAGCGCGGGGCGGGAGGUGGCGUCCGGGACGAUGCCCGACCCGGGGUCGCUGGCGGCCAGCGCCACGACGAGGCUGCACGUGCCCGUGAAGGUGCCGUACGACCUGCUGCUGAGCCUGGCGAAAGACGCGGGCCGGGACUGGGACAUCGACUACGAGAUGCGCGUCGGCCUCACCGUCGACCUCCCCAUCCUCGGCAACUUCACGCUGCCGCUCACCAAGUCCGGCGAGCUCAAGCUCCCCACACUCUCCGGCAUCUUCUGAUCCCUCCCCUCCCUCCACAAAGCAGCGCCGCGUCACGUUGCUUCUCAAGGCCAAGAAAAAUAAAAUAAUACUGUAUGUAUAUGCAAGUUUUGGACAAAUAAAUAAAUAAAGGACGACGGUUUGAAAAUUUAUCUUC